ACUUUGAUUUUAAAGAAAAUUAUUAUAUUACAACUAACUUCAUGUUAUAAAAUGUUUUGUAAUAUUUUUUCCUGGUAACAAAAUAACGAAUUGCAGAUUAAACAUUCCACCUAGCAAAUAGGUGACAUUAUAAACAUAUUUCUUUUAAAAUAAAACCAAAAUGGUAGUACCAGUACCAAAAUGUUGCUAUGUAAAGAUUGAUAUGCUUGUUAAGUUGUUCAGUAUUAUCUUUCAAUUACCAUAAAAAAAGUAGUUUGUAAAACAACCCUACUAAUGCAUUCAGACAUAUUUUUUCAAGGGGCAUAAUUUCCACAACACAUAAAAUUAUAUGAAAAGCACAUGGUUUACAGUACUGUUGGAAGCAUGGCAUGACGAUAUGUAUCUUUUGUAUUUAGCAAGCAAAUAAGACUCAGAAUGGAAGUAAAAACACUAGACUGUUAUCAGACACGUAAGUUAAAAUGCCUUAGAAAAUAAACAAUUGCAUUCCAAAUCAUAUUAUCAUAUUUUCAUACUGUGGAGUGUUUGGAACCUAAAUGAAAAGACAUUAGUUUGUUUCUAGACAAUUUCCAUUUUUCUUUGUAGGUCAUAUGAUGAGGGAAUUUUGCCAUUAGCACUCCCACCUACUGUUGAUUUACAGAAGAUGACACCAGUUUUUAUUUCAGAUAAACAGCCAUCUGUGUCCUCACCAUCACUGGCACGACCUGCCUCAAAGUAUGGUUGCCAUUGGCCACUGCCUUGCCACCAACUGAAUCAACUGCCUUGCUACUUCCAUCUGCCACUUCAGCUGUAUUGCCAUUGUCUGCUACUGCCACUGCAUUGCCCUCCUCGUCUGGUCUGUAGAAUCCAUGCCGCUCUCUCCAUCCCACACUGCCUUGUUGACACCACCAGCAACAGAACCAAUGUUAGGAGCAGCUGAUGUCUACAACUACCAGGUCACCAAGCUUCCUCUUUGAUUUUAGAAUGAGUUUCAAAUGAAGAAGUUUCCAUGCCGACGACAUUUGUGAAGACCAAUUUAUAUCUGAAUAGUCAUUAUGUAUGUGGUUUGGACUUCAUGUCGAGUUUUCCCUUUGUGGAAAAGUAUCCUCAGUAAGUCAGAGUUAGGAUCACAUCAGGAAUGGAAAAAAUUCUCCACAAUUAUAUCAACAAAGAGUUGGAAUGAUAAUUUUUCAAGCCAUGAUACUUCACCACCAUCAACUGAUUUGUGCUUAAUGCAAGGGAAGAAAGUUUGUAGAAUUCCUAUACUAGGAUACGCCUUACCUCACAAAAUUAAUUCUGGGACAUGUAAUUCUAUAGGUAAUACUAUCACACAGUAUCGUUGCUUCUCUGAUAAUUCCAAAGUCGUGACUCCACAGGAUGUUUUCUCAGAUGAAAAUAAAAGCAGAGUUCUAGGAAAACUUUUAUCAAUGAAACCAGUGAAAAGAGUUGUGCCUUAUUAUGAAAACCGAAAAGCUGCAGCUGUCCUGAUACCGCUUUGUUAUGUCAACAACGAACCAUCCCUACUGUUCAUGGUCAGGUCUUGGAAAGUUCCUGUACACAAGGGUGAAGUAUGUUUUCCAGGUGGAAUGAAAGAUGAUGUUGACCUUGACCUUUCCCAAACUGCCUUGAGAGAAACAUUCGAGGAGAUUGGUCUUUCAACUGAGAACGUAAACAUUUGGGGAAAUUUGCCGAAGAUUCCUAGUAAGAAGGAUGGGAAAAUUGAAGUUACUCCAUAUUUGGGAUUCUGUGGUGAUAUGGAUACAUCUAAGCUGGUGUUGGAUGAUUCAGAGGUGGACACUGUGUUUACUAGGACUCUCACUUCUCUCUGUGAUCCCGUCAAUGUUGGUUCUACUCAGUUUAGUAAUGGGUACACCCUGCCUGUAUUUCUGGGCGGGGAGUUCAGGAUCUGGGGAAUGACUGCUAUCCUGUUACAUCAAGCUCUGACCAUCCUUGCUCCAGGAAUGUACAAUUAUAAGCUACGACAUGUACGACCAUUACAUACCAAACCUUCUUGAUGACGGUUUCAUUUUAACUGUAAUCCAUUCAUGAUUUGUACAAUGUUUUAAUUUGAAAGUAAUUAUAUACAGACUAAUGAUGAGUUGUGGAGGGUUAAUGUGACUGCUGUUGAUUAUAUUAUGAAAGACAUGACAAAUUCUGACAUUAAUUAUUGACUAUUAAUUAAGUAUUUAUAAAAGUAAAUGAUGGGUGUCAAUUUGACAGGAACCAUCUUCAAAUCAGGUACAAAACUUGUUAAUGAACAUAUCACUUGUUGAAAACAAUCUCGUUGAUUUUCAAAUAAAUUUGAAAACAUUA